AUGGAGGGAAACCCAUGCCCCUGCUGUCAUACCAACAACCCGACACUAGCAACGCAUUGUGGAAGGUGUACGGGUGUCAUACCAGGCCAUGAAACCAUCGAACGCAUCACUAUCAAGCAUGAAGACACUCGGAAAAUCGCGACCAUAAAUCAUGAAGAGCGUGUACCGUUAUGGACGGAUGUAUCAGAAUUUAAUCUGGACGAAAAUGGGAAUGAGCAGGAUAAAACCCCCAGGUGUAUGGCGGUCCAGAUCGAGGUGUUUGGGAUUAAAUGCUCAGUUGUGAUUAGUGAAGAUCAUUCGCGAGGUGUGAAUGUCUCUGUUGUACCAGAUGUUGUAGCUCUAAGUCUCAGGAAGAAUAUGAGGAUUGCUGAGUGGAAACAAUUGGAAGACAUAAAAGAUAAGGGGGGAGACGAGGGAGGAGACGAGGGAGAACAUGUUGAGAAUUGGUUGUCAAAUUGA